GUGCUGCACGUCCUUGGGCAAAGAGGGGAGGUGACUCGAGCUGCUGAGGACGCAAAAUGAGGGCCUUACGUAAGGUCUCCCAGGCUCUGGUCCGGUCUUUUAGCUCAUCUCCCAGGAGCCUCUUAGAAAACCGCGUGGCAGAGAAGCAGAAGCUCUUCCAGGCCGACAAUGACCUGCCAGUCCACUUGAAGGGCGGGGGAAUGGACAACAUCCUGUACAGACUGACCAUGACACUGACGCUGGGGGGCACUGCUUACUCUUUAUACUGCUUGGGCUGGGCCUCCUUCCCCCACAAGAAGUGACACCAAGAAGCUCAAGGACUUUGACAAUAAAUAUGCUAAUCUCUUGAGAACCCAA